GGUAAUUAUCGUAGCGCUCGGUUUUUUUCGUGCUCUUUGUUCUCGGAAGAUGGAAGUAAGUACUAGAGCGAGUGCUCCCGAACAAGUGCCGCCAGAGGGAGGUUAGUAGGUGGACACUUCUGCAGUAAUGCUGGUGUAAGCCAGCUGUUAGUUUUGUGCCAUCCUCCUAUGCGGAAAAACGUGGACGACGUAAGAGAUGCAGUGGCUACUGGUGACGUGACGCCAGCUUCGACCAUGUGGUCAAUGGUGGUGCAGCGACGCAGAGGAGGAAAGUCCGUCGACCGCACCCGAUUAUUUCUCGCGCUGUCAUUAUGGUCGUAGAGCUGAAAUCUUGGGACGUCGUCAAGUACGUGUAUCACUUGGUUCGUGCUGUGGCGCAGCCCGAGCUAUUGCGCACGCUGCGAGGCAAGGAUGAUCAUGUGUUCCAGCUUCUGGCGGAGGUCUGGCCGAGCGAUCGCACCAGGGAGGAUGUUGCGCGGCGGGGUGUGGCGGAGGAGGGUGGCGAGACCUUUGGUAGUGUUGCGGCUGCACGGGGAGGACGGCACGGCGCUCCUCCUCAUCUCGCGGACGACCAGUGGAACGGGGACGGAGCCGGGGACGCAAAGAAGGCGAUGCGCAGCCUGUUCGUGCUGGGUUGUCUGCGGGCCGUUUGCGUGUACCGGUCCACAAAAAUCGUAUCGCAACUGCUCGCGCUCAUCACAGAGCAGUCCGGCGGAGGACUUGGAGGUGUUCUCGCAACGCCGCCUUCGUGGGCGCCCGCGGCGCGGCUGUUCGUACCCGAGUGCACAACUCCACCCCCUCGUUCCCCUCAUCUGAAAGGUGGCAUAAGGAGCAAAACAAGCAACGGAGGAAAUUGGAUUUCCGCGUGAUAAAUCUGGACACGGAUUGUUGUGCUCUUUCUUGAGGAUCAGGUUCCAAAAUUUGCCAUAGAGAUGACAGAACUUAGAGAUAGAGUCAGAGCGUCAAUUGGGUAUUUAUUAAUAUUUUGCAUUACGGGGAGUUGUUCACCCGCAUAGUUCGGCCAGGGACUCGUGAUGGCGUUUCUUUCUGCUUUGCAGACGGCAUUGCAGCAGUACUUCGGUACGCAGCUGCACACUAUGCAUGGCAAAUAUAAUAUCUGGGUCUGGAAGUACGAUGUUGCCAACGCGCAUUUCACACCACACGAAGAGCUGUCAUACAUGCACAGCCCACCGAAAGAAGGGCUUUUUCUUCAUGCGGAUUAGGAAGUGAGAGGCCUACUUCUCGGAACCUGUGACGCGGGGGCUCGAGUGCCUGGCCUGCUGGGUCAUGCGAAAGCUACAUCACAAGCCUCUGCGUCCUUCCAGACCCGGACAUAUUUAUUGCAGUUGAUACGCAUCGGCUUCCGGCACAAGUUGGCCACGCGGUUCCACGAUCUGUAUUUUGCGCACCAAGCGUACUACCACGCACAGUUUUUCCCGCAUCGGGGAAGAAUCAACAUCCCUGAGAUGUUCACAAAGGAGCUGAAUUCGGUGACGGGCCGGCUCGCGAACUUUGUCUCGGUGCUGUUGGUUUCCUUGCCGCAGCUGGCGGUGUUCAGCUUUGCGCUGGUGUUCCGUCUCCGCCGCGCGAGCCCCUGGCGGAGCGGCGAGGUGGGUCUGGCCUUGUGGCCCCAACUGUACCUCCUGGCGGCGUACGAGGUUGCGCAGCGGCUUUUUCCCAAGGACGUAGGGCAGCUGACGCGGGAACACGCGGUUGCGCAGGCCGCGUACAAAGCCGCUACCACGCGCGUUAAGAACCAUGCGGAGGCCAUCGCCGUGUUCCCGGGGCAAACCGCCGCGCUGCGGGAAAAGGAAAUUUUGGAAGACCGGCUCGGGAACUGCUUGCAGAAAGACGAGGCUUUGAGCUACUCGCUGCGAAAAUUCCACUUCAUAUUCAAGCUCUGCUACACCUACUCACUGCGCCCGCUUCUGGCGGCCUUUCUGCUCCACUACUUCUUCACGACGUCGAGCGCUGCAAGCAAGACGGCCAACACGGUCGCGACUUCCAUCGGACAGGACGCGAGAACUUUUGGAGAGUACCGCCAGACGUUGCUGUUGCUCAGCGAAGGGCUGAUUGCCACGGGAAAUCUGCUGAACAUCCAUGCCAUGCACAGGCACAUUCAGUCGCUUGCGGGGCGGCUGGCGGGCCUUCUCGAGUCGUUGCGCAAUCACAACAGCGCCACCCGGGACAAGCAGCGCGCCGCGGCUGUUUCGCUGGACACCACCCCCAGCCGUGCCGGUGGAAUGCCGAUUGAGGAAAAUAAACCGCGCACGACACUGGACGACGACUGUAGUGAAACGGGGGCCAGCACCGAAUUUGUACCUUCACAGCCAGCACCAGCGAGUAUCACUUUCCGCAAUGCGGACAUCGCAACGCCUGCUGGCGGACCGAGCAGCAUGCGCGGGUUUCUGCUUGUCAAAGACUUGAAUUUGAAGAUCGAGAAGAAAACCGUGCUGCUGACGGGGCACAACGGCGCGGGGAAAAGCAGCAUCUUUCGUGCCAUGGCGGGCCUGUGGCAGCUGCAGCGGGGCUCGGUGCAGUUGGUUCACGAGGAGCAGAUGAUGUACCUCCCGCAGAAGCCCUACUGUGUGCGGGGCACGCUCUUCGAGCAGAUCUGCUACCCCAGCCGGUCGGCGGUGGUUGCCUUUGACGCCGAGAGGUUGUCGGAUUGUCUCACGAAGGUGGGGCUCACCGAUCUCCUCCAGCCUCCCGACUCGGCUGGGAACCGCGGCAGAUCACGGCCCGUGCGGGAUUGGGAUGCGGAGCUGUCGCUGGGCCAAAAGUAUGCUGUGCAAUAAAUCAUGCGCGACUAGUCAAGGUAUUUGUGCACUAUGUUAGUUGUCCUAUUAGUACUGGGUGGUCUAGUACCUCUACUAUGUCGCUUGCCACAGCGACUUCUAAACUAGAUCAUCGGGUGUCCUCCUCUUCCAGGUGACCAUACGGGGGGCACGACAGAACAGAUUACAGAGAGGACAUUGAUAUUUGUCAAAAUGGAAUGUUGCCAAAGUUCGUUGUUGGCUUUUCUGCGUACGAACGAUAAUAUGGACUGGUUUGCUGUUUUUCAUGAAUGCAUAAGACGCAGCGCCUCGCCAUUGCGCGCCUGUGGUAUCAUCGUCCAAAAAUAGCGAUCCUGGAUGAAUGCACAAGCGCGGUAUCCGUGGAACUCGAAGAGUUGCUGUAUGAGGAGUGUCAGCGGUUGUCGAUUGUGUAUGUGACUAUUUGUCAUCGGCCCGCACUGAAACGGUUUCACGAUCUGUCCCUGCACUUGACUGGGGGCUGCGGCUACGUCUUGCGGGAACUCUCCACGCACGAAAAAGCAGAGCCGCGUUCCAAACGGGAGCAGCGGGAGGACGUCGUGGGGGACGAAGGUGCGGCACCGCCUCGACAGCUAGUACAACAACCUGGCGCGCCGGAGGGUGGUCCCCGGCCGGGGCGGGAAUGGCUCUCUUCCACUCUUGCGGAAUCACCUGCUGAGGAUCCCGCAGCGAACGACGCUAUCGUGCAACGACACUCGUUCGCGACCGCAUCGUCUGCGGCAAGCAGUAAGCGCGGCAGCACGGAGGAAAGCGGCGUGGGUCUUGCGGCGGGUAGUUCCCUGUUAGGUAGCGACCAGGGGGUCCAGCUCGACGUGGACUUGAACAGCUCUACCAACUGGGAGGAUGCGCGCAGCACCGACGGGCUCUCGUGCUCCCGCGACCUGCUGUCGAUAUCUGGCACCGGUAGUUGUACCGGCAAACUACCGGACGACGACCACGUCACCGGGGCCCACCAGGGAGCCGAAGUUACGACCACCAAUGACGGAGCUGCCAGGGUGGGCGUGUUAGGCGCCUUUGGGUCCUCGAGCCGUAGUCCGGCGAAGACAGUGGGUCCGACAACCACCGCAGGUUUUCGGGAAAGAAGUGGUCAGGGAUCAUCCGUCCUCGCGGCGCCAAGUGUAGUCCGGGCUGGAUCGGAACGGAAACAAACAGCAGCAGAUCCGGCGGUGGAGAGUUCUUUCGUGAAGUUGAGUGGAGAUGAUGAACGUCUGCGCGAAAACGAGGCAAGCAGGGAAACAAACGUUCGUGCGGAGCGCGCUUCCUUGCCUCCGUUCUGGGACGCGUUUCGGCUUUGGCGACUCGGGGUUGCCGGAAAUGAAAAGUACAUGCUUCAACUCGCAGUGUUGAUUCUCGCGAAGACGUUCGGCUGGGAGUUGUGGGCGCGCUUGCAGCGCCAAACCACCACCCUGUUGCUCAAGGUCGCGAGAAGGACGACGACGACAGGAAGUGCAGCCCCGGGAGCUGCUGGCCGUUUCCUGUCCUCUCUUUCACAAGACUCCUCUCCCAGCAUCACCCGCUUUCUUUGGCGUUCCGAGACUAACAUUCAGGCCGCUCAUCUGCCGGGAAAGAUUUUGCGCCUGACGCUGGCCGGUCUCGUGCACGGUACCGCGAUGGCAGUGGUGGAAGAGGUAGCAGACUGGGUGCAGCGCAACUUCGCACGGAGUAUGCACAAAAAACUGUCGAAUAUCUUCCUGCACAAGUACUUGACGCAAAACCGGUUCUAUCUGUUGGAACACAACUUCGGGUCUUGGACCACGCAGUUUCGAAAGAACAAAGGCCCUUCCAGCAGUACGAGCGCGACCUAUUUUUCCCCCACCGGCGAUGCUGCCGCCGUGCGUGAGGACGCGGACUUGCGCGGCAGCGAGGAGCUACAGGAAUUCUGUCAGGUUUGCGCCAACUUGUUUUCCACACUGGUCACACCGCUGGUAAAUUUGGCAUGGUUCUCUUCACGAUUUUUGAUAGCGACGCGCACAGCACGACGAGAUGUGGAAAUAACUGCGUCGCGAACCACCGCCGGAGUCGUGGUCGCGUCCGCGGCUGGGUCAUCUGCGCGGCAGGCGGUGCAGUUCUGGGUUCUUUUCCUCUACAAUGCGCUGGCCUCCCACGUGAUCCGGUCGUUCUUGAGACACGUGCAGGGCUUCGUCGACCUAGAGAAGAAAUACUUCGCCGACUUUCUAUCCGCGUGCACAAUUUUCCUUUUACCUCCGUCGAAGUCGAAGAGCUGCACCUGGAACAACCGGCACGGCCACAGCUAUCAGUGUACGUCUACGUAUUAAUUAUUUCUGCAUGUCGUCUUUCGAACUUCAGCGCAGAUUACGGCUUCCUGUCCUCCUGUGUGCCAAGUAUACUAUAUGUUGUAUGCACUUUGAUAUUAUAGAAAAGUGCUACGCCUGCACUUCUUUUUUAUUCUUUGCAAAUGCGAAUCGAGAUCAUCGACACAGUCGUGUAUGGGGAAGUUUGCACGCGGAUACUUCCGCGCAGUGCACUACAAAGUCGAGCAGUGCGCGGAGUCUGUCGCGUUUUUCAAGGGCGAUGCCCGGGAGAGAGAUAUUGCGAACGCUUCGCUCCGGUGCCUGCUCGACGUGACAGCGAAAAUGAAUCUCGCGGACGCGGAACAGAAGAUGUGGUUUCACUUUCUGGCCCGGGACAGCAAGGAGUUCUCGCACGGACUGCUCUCGGCCUGCGACCUGCUGCAGUUCGUGCUGCAGCGCAAUCUGACCGCCGCGGAGAAUUCGUACAGCGACGUUUGCCUGCGGAAAAUUAUGGAUUCCAUUUCUAGUCUCUCGAACCUGCAGGAAACGGUGGUGCGGAUCGCCACCACCGGCGGCCGCGUGUGCGCUUUGUUUGACCACCUCGAUGGCCUGGGGGUGGGCGGAGAGCUGCCAUCAACUGCAUGCGUCUACUCCCCGCCGCUGCUUUCUCACCGUGUGGCACACGGCGACCAGGUGGUGCCCGAGGUGGACCUGCUGCACGACCCGUGUCGUCGUGGCACAGAAUUCAUUGCGAAGAGGACGUCCUCGUCGAGAGAUCAGGCGCGGCCUGGGCUGCUGAGUACUUCUGCGGCCUCGUCGCCGUCAGCAAAGACGGCCACCAAGAACCACCCCGAGAACCACAGUGCGAGUGAAGAUGUGCUGGAGUUCCGAAACUUGGCCCUGUGCACCCCGUAUCAAAUGCAAAAGUGUCUGGGUCUGGAAGGUUUUGAGACUUGUCAUGCACGUUUUGCGUGAGCCAUGAUGUCUGUGAUGCAUGCCCUAGCGUCACAGAUUUUUGAGGGCUUCUUGAUGCCUAUUCCGCAUGACAAGUGCCCUCCUGCGUCCGCAGCUGCUUGCGGCGACGGUGCAAAGGUUUUUGAUGUGGCGCAGUCGGGUAUGCAUGACAAAUGCCCUCCCCGCUUAGCAAAAAUUACGUUCCCUUUGCUGCUCACGCAAUACAGACUUUUGUGGAAUCCAAGUGCAGCAUCACAAGUUCGGAUUCUUCCAGACCCAGACAUUUUUACAUUUGACACCCCGGACCAGCAGACCGUGCUCGCGUCGGGAAUCACGCUUGCGUGCCACGGGGGGCUCAUGGUCACCGGGCCAAACGGGUCUGGCAAGACAGCGCUCUUCCGUGUGCUGGCGGGACUCUGGCCGGCCUUUGCGUUUGAGCCCCCGGGGGACAUGCUCCUUGUGCCGCAGAUGACCUACAUGGUCUUUCCCGGCUCGCUCUCCGAACAGGUCAGUUACCCCGAGAAGGUAGCGAAGUGAAAUAAACGCGGCGUUGUUCUCGCCACCCGACAAAAAGAGAGCCUUGGAAGAGGAGUGCCCUGUAGGCUGCCUUUUGCAAUAAAGUUGCGUCAAGACUCAUUGAUUGUCCGUGUGUCGUAAUUCCGACGUAGCAAAAAUACUCAGAAGGCGCCAUGCAAACUGCACGGCUUUCGAGGAGACUCGAUGAAUUUGUAUGUCACGAAAUCAGUUUAACAUUUACAAACUUCUUGAGAGGGCUGGCAUGGCGCGGAACUGUAUUUCUGUACAUCGAAAAUGAAAAAUGCAUGUACAAUACCUCUACUAUGCAUCAAUUUCUGGCUCUUUCUUUGGCGCGGAAGUUGGUUUCAAUGUCAUAGAUGGAGCCCGUCUCGUCCGCAACCGCCCGGCACCGCAUGUACGAGUUCUGCGUGGAAUAUGGGCACACAAUGCGGGAAAUCGUCAGACAUAAAGAGCUUAGCUGUUAGUCGCGAAACCAGGAAGUAGCCCACCGUUGAUCACGCUCAGCGGUAGGGUUGCACUCAGCGUAAACGUUACGCAAGACGAAGUUAGGUACAUGAGAAAUGGUUCUAACGCGGUCCUGGCGUCCAAGUACAACAGUCAACAUCACAGCCCUCAGAAGAAGGGCCGCUGUGGGUCUUCGUCGAGGGUAUUUGGAGGUUGUUUUCACUUCGCUUGUCAUGCUGCACCACGAAGCGUUGCUCAUCAUCUGCAAUAGAAGACCUCCCCCGGAUGGUGCACAUUUCGGGUUGAUGAAUAUGCAGUGCCCGAUUGUAAAAAUGAUUUCUCGCGUGCUCACCGCAUCUGCAUACGGAAACGGCACUGAAAAAGGUUGAUCUUCUUUACCUGGCGGACCGGUUUCCCAAGCGGACCGCAACGGGCAGCGUUUCCGGCCGCGGGAACCUGCGGGCUGACUCCAGCGCCCCUCCCGUGGUUUGGGAGCAUGUCCUGUCGCUCGGGGAGCAGCAGCGGCUGUGUUUCGCGCGCGUUUUUUACCAGCUAGAAAAGGCGCGCCUGCGCGAGGUUGCCAUGCGGCAGAUCUACCCGCAAGAGCCCGCCAACAAGGCGAGCGUGGUGACCACCGUUGUGCUGGAUGACUGCACCUCGGCCGUAGCCGUGGAAAUCGAAGACCAACUGUAUGAGCAACUGUACAACAGCGCUGGCCAUGCGAGUCAUCGCAUUCGCUGCGUCACUAUUUCGCAGCGUCUUGCCGCGAACCUGCGACGUUUUCAUGAGAAAGAGCUGCGGCUUGGGGUGGAAAACGAUCUGAGACACAGGGUGCGUAUAAUCUAGUGUAGAAGCCCUUCUGGUUCUUACACGUAGUAGAAGGACCGUCAAAAAUCCUCGCCUUGCAUUCUCCUCUAGAACGGAAAGUUGAAGGUUGCUGCGAGUGCCGUCUCUAAUCGGAC